UAUGUAUUGUUUACUACCGUGGCGAGCGUUGCUAAGUUCGUGCUCUUACAUUUCUUUUAAAGUAACCGCGUAUAAAAAAGUUACCUUUUGAUCGAAUUUUAGUGAUUUGUGAAUUAAUACGGCGGAAUUAAGGAAUUUCGAACGCAGGCACGCAAUGCAAUUUAAAUAUUGACACGCGUGGGAUUUAAUUUUAUUUAUUAUCGGAGAAGAGUCAACAGUUGAAUAUCUACAAUGGCAGACGCUGGAACCCAAACUCAGAACGGAUCUAUGACGCCUGGAAUUGGAAAGAUGACGUUAACUGUUGCACCAGUUUCCAGUCUUAUUUCGGUUAGCACGACACCUUCAUCGCCACCGCCAAAGCAGACAAGUGAAAAAUUUAUUUUAAUGGACAAGCUAAGUACUGUCGAGAGGGUGAUUCUCUGUGCAUCUGAGUUGUUCGGAACCGCAAUUUUGGUAUUCCUGGGAUGUAUGUCAUGCGCAAUAGGACUUUCUGGUGGUAAUGUUCCACAUGUACAGAUUUCUUUCGCGUUUGGACUUGCAGUUAUGCUAUCAGUGCAGACUUUUGGUCAUAUCUCUGGAUCUCACAUAAACCCUAUUAUUACCAUAGCCGCAGCUGUUACCGGACAACUGGCUUUUAUUGAGGUUCCUAUUUAUUUUAUUGGCCAGUUUGUGGGAGCAUUCAUCGGUUAUGGAUUACUAAUGAGCAUUACCCCUGAACACCAUCAAGCUAAAUAUGAACUGCGACACACAGGGCUGAACAUAACCGAAAACGUUAAAGUUCUAGGCGUUUGUUCGCCGCAAAUGAACGCAGAACUGUCAGGUCUUCAAGUGAUGUUUUGCGAAUUUUUGUUAUCGCUACUGUUCGUUUUAAUUGUCUGUUCGGUGUGGGAUUACAGAAAUGCGAAUAAACAUGACUCCGUGGCCCUUAAGCUGGGCCUCGCGAUCACUGGUCUCGCAUUGGCUGGUGGACCGUUUAGCGGGGCUAAUAUGAAUCCGGCAAGAAGUUUUGCUCCUGCGGCUUGGCAUGGGGACUGGAACCUCCAUUGGGCUUACUGGAUAGGUCCAAUACUGGCCGGAUUUGUUGGUGGAGCGCUGUACAGAAUUUUAUUCACGAAACCGAGACCUGUCGAAGUCGAAGAUACCAUCGAAAUAACGCCAUUAAAACAAAGAAACACAAAUUAAACUCAUUCAUUAGCGCACUUUCCGUGCAAACAUUUAGUGGAGUAACUUGAAAUUUAUGUGUAAUAGAUAUUCAUAAUAACGUUCGCUAUUUUUGUAUAAUGUAGGUACCUACAUAUAUGUAUAUAUAUAUAUAUAGAGAAUUUGAUAUUAUAAGCGAUGUAUAAGUACCGAAACACAACAAAUUUGUUAGAUUUAGAGUAAGUGCCUAUAGAAUAUUUUAUGAUACAAUUGUGACAAUUUCCAUAUUGUAUUAUAUGUCCUUGGAAUGCAUUCCGUUAUUUGGAAUUCUAAAUUAUCAUUUCAAAAACUGUAAAACCACAAAAGUUACAAACCCGGUAACAUUCAACUCGAAAUUGAGACUAUCCUUGAUUUCUUAGAUACCUACCUAACACACUUACCAUAUUUUAUUAUGAAAUAAUAAGGUAUAUUCUAAUAAAGCUGUUUUAUUACUUA